AGUUUUUCACUCAUUCUGAUUUGGGCUAUUUUGAUUUAAUAAAAUAUACCUUAAAAUGUUUGCCUUUGCGCAAAUCCCCAUCUGGUUGCGACCUUCGGAGGCGGGUCGUAACAAAGUUCUUGAGGUUUCCAGAGAUUAAUCUGGACAGCUGUGUGGAGUCAUUUUGAGGUUUUAUUUACAUUUUUUUUUUUUUUUUUUUUUUUUUUUACAUUUUAAAACAAGUCCCCAUCUGCUUCAGUUGUGUAAGAGAAUGCUGUUUUACUGUGAAGCUCCAGAAAUGUUUUGUGGAUUAUGAAACUUCACUUGUCUUUCAAUCGACACCGGGUUUUCUCAUAUUAUAGUCCUGUGGACCUGAUGUCAACAUAACAUUAGAAAUCCUUAUCAAAGUCCCUCUUAUAUUUCUUUACACAGUGUUAAAUUAUUUGGAAGGGGCACAACAGGCGGCUAAUAUAUAAGUUCCAAAAGCAAAUAUAGUCCAGAUACUACAGGAUGAGUUCUCUAUAAACAAUUGUCCCAAAGAUCUUUCACUUCCCAUAAAAGCAGCCUAUUACAGUUGAGUGAUGGGACUCAGACGUGUGGAUAUUAGGAAGGCGUGGCCAGUAAUCAAAGUAGCAGUUUCCAGGGAGGGCUGUGCGCUUCCCUGCUCCCGGUUUUGUUUUGUUUUUUGUCAGUCUGUCAGCGGGACCUGAGCGCUGCGCGUCGGACGGCAGGAGCUGGAUAAAGCGCACCGGCUCGGCGCAUGUAUUUGCUCGUUUUUCCUUUUUUCCCCCGUCUUCCAUUCCGCGGCGGCUCGUAUCGGAUGCUGGAUGCAAUCCAUCCCCGCGUCAAGAACACACCUCAGACGGACAAACCAUGGACAGUCUAGGCAGCCGCUGUAAGAUUGUGGUGGUCGGGGACACGCAAUGUGGGAAAACGGCGCUCCUGCACGUUUUUGCCAAGGACUGCUAUCCAGAGAACUACGUGCCCACAGUGUUUGAGAACUACACAGCCAGUUUCGAGAUAGACAAGCACCGGAUUGAGCUGAAUAUGUGGGACACGUCAGGUUCAUCUUAUUACGAUAACGUGAGACCUCUGGCAUAUCCUGACUCAGAUGCUGUUCUCAUCUGUUUCGACAUCAGCCGCCCAGAGACUUUGGACAGUGUCAUAAAGAAGUGGCAAGGGGAGACGCAGGAGUUCUGUCCCAACGCCAAAGUGGUGCUGGUUGGCUGUAAGCUGGACAUGAGGACAGAUGUCAACACCCUGAGGGAACUCUCCAAGCAGCGCCUCAUCCCCGUCACCCACGAGCAGGGCAGCACGAUAGGUCGACAGAUCGGGGCCGUGGCCUACGUCGAGUGCACCUCCAAGGUUUCGGAGAACAGCGUCCGGGACGUCUUCCACGUCACCACGGUGGCGUCGGUGCGGCGGCCACACAAGCCACAGCUAAAGCGCAGCAGCUCCCGCAGAGGCCUGAAGCGAGUCUCACAGCUCCCGCUGCCUCCCCUACCGGGUCGGACUGAGCAAAUGGACCAGGCCCCGGCCAUGAGGAAGGACCGUGCCAAGAGCUGUGUGCUCAUGUAGAGACCAUUCUAAAUUAAAUAUGUAUAUACUUAAACAAAGAAAUAUAUAACAGAGGAAGUCUAUUUAUUGUUUUUUUCGUUGUGGUUUUUUUCCUCGUAUCUUCAUUUUUUUGCACUGCAGAGGAGUGAGGAAAAAAGAAACAGCGCUGUGGAAAGAAAAUGCUUUGGAUUUUUCUUUUUUCUUUUUUUUUGUUGCGUGUGUGCGUAUUUUCUAAGCUGUUUACAUAUUUGUGUUGUUUUGAAAUGAUGACAAAUUGGACUAACCCUGGGGAUGUGAGGAAGCUGUGAUAGUGGAAGUGUUGGCCAGUCCCGGGUAUUAAAGAGGAAUUCAUUUCCUGAAGCCGCUCUAAUGAAAGGAUGGCACCGCGGCGACACUGAGGAGAGUGAGGAAGAACCACGUCGAGGACGGACAUCAGGGGAUGAAGCUUGUUUUAUUCUCAAAGACAGUGUUGUUCAGCGAACAUUGGGACUAAUUGUCCAGCUGCACCGUCUGAAGUCGUAUCCUGUUGCCAUAUUUGAGAGGAGAACCUGUAUGUUCAGUCACGCUGAAAAGGGAUUUUAGUGAUAAGAAGAGUGAUGGCUCAAACCAAACGACAGGAGCUGGAAACGAGAUUUCGUAACACUGAAAUAUUGUGAAGGUGUGUUUGAGUGUAACUACCACAAGUGCAUUUUAGAAAAAGAAGUCACAGCAUAUCUGAUUUUAUUUGCUCGUUUAACACUUCUAGUUUUCUCAUCGGCUCCAACUGUGUCAGUUUAAUUCACUGAAGUUAAUGCUGUUGUCACUAUUUUAAAGAUGUUUCUUUGUGGAAAAAUAAAGUGGUAAAAUGUUAGGGCUAUUUUGUUGUACUUUCACUAGAGUCUAAAAUAAAGCAACAGCUCGACUGUAAAGACG